AUGCGUCGUCGUCGGUCGCCCGAUGCCAGUAACCAUGGAAUCACAAGCGAAUCCUCUUGUACGUCCCCCGUCGAUACGGACGAGGAUAGGCCGUUCGAGCCCGACUCCUCUGACACCGAUCUCACCGAGCCGGAAUGCUCCCCUCCAGCGGCUCGGUGGAUUGCACGGAAGAGGUCUAGUCCAAAUAGUGGAAUAGACUCAUCACAAGCAGACCUAUUGAAUGUGGAACGGGCCCACCAGGCCCGGUACCAACUCCCAGAUGACGACACAGAUGAGGACCUGGCGCAGGUGCCGGAUGAUUACGGCCGAUCCCACGGAACGCAGAAGUUGAAACUCCGAUUGAAACAGCGUUGGGCUUGGUUCUGCCAAGUGAAAGCAAUGGAGCCGUCUACCGAUCGACAGUGGGCCAAUGCGGAGAAUGCACUGCGCGAGGCGUCUCCAAAUGACAUGCAUCGAUUUCUGAAUUGGUGCCUGAAGCUGGAGUACAGUCCCGAUGGUCGUCGUCAGAAAGGCUAUACAAAGGCCAGCUCCCUUGAAGCGGAUUGGAAGUACUUCCGAAUCUACUACACUCGAGUCACUAGACAAGAAAUGAGCAAAGAGAUGGCUGAGGCGGUUCGCACGGGCAUGAGACAUUUAGUAGACAAACGUGGCCUUGACAAACAACCGCGGGCAAACGUCCCAGUUUAUAUCGAAGAUAUGGUUCCGUUCAAUGAGACAAUCCUCCAAACCCGGGAAAAGCGGUUCCACUUAGGAAUUCAGCGGAUUCUCCUAUGUCUAUAUAAUACCAUUGGGUUAUUUACCGUCAACCGAAAACAAGCAAUACUUGACCUUCAGUUUAAGCAUCUGCAAAUAUCACUCCAGCAGGAUCCGGACGAAGGGCCUCCAAAGCCGAUGAUAGAACUCCAGCCGCAGUUUGUGAAAAGCGUCCUGGGCAUGUCGAAGCUGAAUACGUUCGCGCUACCUGAAAUCGUCUACGGCGUAUCGCUUGUCUUCAGUCCGCAUGUUUUACUCUUCAUCAUAUUGUUCUACGUCAACGCCUUUGAAGCGUCUCACUUAAACUCGAUGGAAGACCUUCGGGAGCUACUUGUCGAGGGUGGCCGACAGGAAAUGCCACUUCCUUUGAAGAAAGAGAUGGAUAACUACUAUGUCUUUCCGAAAGUGGAUGUAACCUGUAGCCCGCCCCGCAUCUUGUGGGAGACGCCUAUGAACGGAAGCACACUCGACGCACAGCUCAGGACAUCCAGUGAAAUCCACGGCUUCCUGAAUCAUUUUUUUUCGCACCAAUUCCGAUACGGAGGUGGUGAUUUACUUGAUAAGAGUGGUUUUGUCAGUGAAGCUCAGCGUAAUGUGAUCAUGGCGCACGCUAGUAGCAGGACGUUUAUUCAACAUUAUCGUCCCCGUCGGCAUACUGGCUUACAGGAGAUCAUGUGCGGCCUCAAACCGGAUGAAGAGUUCUCCAAGGCUGUGACUCGGAUGAGCCGCUGGAUUGAUCGGCGGCGGCCACGAUACCUGAGCGACGCCGAUCGGGAAUCAGUGGAGAAAGACCCUGAACUGCUCUCGGCUAUACGCUGGCAACGCGAGUUAGAGACCCAGUGCGGUGGCCGCCCUCAUGACCCAGCGUCGCGGGCGAUGCUGAAGGACCAGAGACGUCAAGUCCAAAAUUUGCGCCGUCGUCUGCAGGACAAACGGCGGAAGGAAAUACGCCGUGAUUUCAGUCGGCAACAGGCGGUGAUUGACAUUGAAAGACAGCUGACCGGUGGGGCUGUCAGUGAUGAGCCUGCGCGCGAGGUAUUACGGAAGGAGUUUGCAAUGCCAUCGGAGCAGAUCCUUCUCGUGGAGACAUUCUUUACUUGGCCCACCACCGAUUCAUUAGAGGAUGAAUGGACGCGGCGCAACAAAGCUGUUGCUGCUGGAAUACAAUAUUGCGGCUUUCAGGAGGGCGGUCCUCUUCGAGGGCGACGGAAGCGCUCUGCGCCGUCCGACAGUGAGGACGUUAUCUCCCCUCCGCCAGCUCGAAAGAUCAAGGGUGCUACGCCGUCGACUACACCGGGGACGAAGGGACUUACCUCUGAUAGGAAGCAUAUCCUAAAUGCAGAGCAAACCUUCGCAUGCUUUCAAUGUCCCAAGGCAUAUGCAGACUAUAAUGGAGUGAGAAGGCAUUUUAGAGACUCGCACUUGAUGGACCGAAGAUGCAAUUUUUGCGAUCUAUCCGUCCUACACGAGAUGCACCUGCGGAGGCAUGCUUCUGAGGCCCAUGGUCUUCGAACAUGA